GGCCCGCCCGCCCCCGGACAACCCCGGCCAGCCCGGGACCAAGAUGGCGGAUCGGCGGCGGGUGUCGCCGCUUGGCAGCCAUGUUGGGGUUCCUGUCGGGCCGCCAGGCCGGGCUCGACGACCCAUUGCGGCUGCGCCGCGCCGAGGCCACCCGGAGGAAGGACAUGGAUGUGCUCGAGAGAGUCCAGAGAAGGGCGACCAAGCUGGUGUGGGGUCUGGAGAACAACUCUUACGAGGAGCGGCUGAGGGAGCUGGGGUUGUUUAGCCUGGAGAAGAGGAGGCUCAGGGGAGAACUCAUCGCUCUCUACAGGGUUCUAAGUUUGGAAUUAAAUAAAGAUAGAGAUGUGGAAAGAAUACAUGGGAAUGGUAUUAACAGCCUUGAUAUUGAGCCUGUUGAGGGAAGAUACAUGUUAUCAGGUGGUUCCGAUGGUGUUAUUGUACUUUAUGACCUUGAAAACCUGAGCAGAAAACCAAGUUACACAUGUAAAGCACUUUGUUCUGUGGGAAGGAGUCAUCCUGAUGGACAUAGAUUCAGUGUGGAGACAGUCCAGUGGUAUCCUCAUGAUACUGGCAUGUUUACAUCCAGCUCAUUUGAUAAAACCUUGAAAAUUUGGGAUACUAAUACUUUACAACCUGCAGAUGUAUUUCACUUUGAGGGAACAGUCUAUAGCCAUCACAUGUCUCCAGUUGCUACAAAGCACUGUUUAGUAGCAGUUGGUACCAAAAGCCCCAAAGUACAGCUCUGUGACUUGAAGUCUGGAUCCUGUUCUCACAUUCUGCAGGGUCACAGGCAAGAAGUACUGGCAGUGUCUUGGUCCCCACGUCAUGAAUAUAUUUUGGCAACAGCAAGUGCUGACAGUAAAGUAAAAUUAUGGGAUGUGAGGAGAGCAUCUGGAUGUCUAACUACGCUUGAUCAGCACAAUGGAGAAAAGACCAAAGCAUCUUCUGAGGCAGCAAAUACAGCUCACAAUGGGAGAGUUAAUGGUUUAUGCUAUACAAGUGAUGGGCUUCAUCUGCUGACCAUUGGUACGGAUGAUCGCAUGAGACUCUGGAACAGCUCCACUGGAGAAAAUACAUUAGUGAACUAUGGUAAAGUCCGCAAUGAAAGUAGAAAAGGACUCAAAUUUGCCAUCUCUUGUGGCUGCAGUCCAGAGUUUGCGUUUGUGCCAUGUGGUAGUACCAUUGCUGUUUAUACAGUUUUCUCAGGAGAACUGAUAACUAUGCUUAGAGGACAUUAUAAUACUGUUGACUGCUGUGUAUUUCAACCUAACUUUCAGGAACUUUAUAGUGGUGGCAAAGAUUGCAAUAUCCUCGCAUGGAUACCAGCUCUUCGAGAGCCAGUUCCUGAUGAUGUUUCUGACAAGUGUCUGCCUCAGCAGCAUUUAAAUCCAGCAUAUGAAGAUGCAUGGAGCAGCAGUGAUGAUGAAGGCUGAAUUUCAAUUAGGUGGUGAUACAAAAUUGACAUUCAAGCACUGCAUUCAAGGACUUUAUCUACAGAAGUGGAUGUUGUCAGAUUUAUUGUGACCGGAUUCCAUGUACUGUUCUGUUAAAGCAAGGUCUUUCAGAAAUAAGUUUCCACUUUUCUCUUUGUUUUUUGUUUGUUUUUUUUAUUCACUGUUACUGUCACAUCUAAAGGAUUGCUUUUUCAGAUUUACUGAUAUUUAUACUUAGCCUUUUGUAUUUGUGUAUUUUGUUCAGUGUUGAACAACUGAUAAAGAAAAAAAUAAAAAGCCCUUGGGACCAGUUAA